AUGCCAUCUCUUCUCAGAAGUACUUUCGUGGUCGUUGUCGCUCUUUUCUGCGUGAUUUGGACUUCGUCCUUUGUUCGUCACUUGGACUCCAUCAGCCCCGAUCAGAUGUGGAGAACCCCACCCCACCAAUCCCUUGAGCCUGCACGGCUCUCAAGGAUCCUUUCAAGUUCACUCGGAGAAGGCGAAGACUACAUUGCCAACGUGAUCUGUGUUACGGAGCUCCGUCCACCGUCUAAACAGCAACCAUGCAACUGGUUCAACGAGUACAUAUCGAAGCCACACUCGAAGAAAAUCCAAAUCCUCGAAUUCAAAUAUCAAUGGGCACCUUCCAAAUUGCCAGUUUGGCCAAGUCUGAUACAAAGAAGCGCAGACUUGCUCGAUGCCCUCCGGAAGGAUGAGGGAAAUUUGGGAACCGGUAAUCGUCCCCUUGUUUUCAUCGGACACGGACUGGGUGGACUGGUGGUGAAGAAGGUAUGCACACUGCGUUUCCAUUUGGUUUCCCACGGAGGCGACAGCAUGUCUGUGGCUGAUGAUCUUUUCUUCAAGGCUACAACCACUCUCUUUGAAAGAUAUUGGGACGCCGGCUACAAAGAUUUGCGAAAGAAUCUCUCGGGUAUCGUCUUGUUCGGAACGCCUCAUAGCACAGAACGGCAUCAAGAGAGGUGGAGCUCUCUAACCUUCCUACUUCGAUCCUGUUUCGAACUCAGUGGCCAGACUCUCAAUCAAGCUGAGCUAGAAAGGGCGACUGUAGUGAAGCUCUCAGAAAAAUUCGAGGAAUUUGUUCAAAACACUCCAGUCAUAUUUGUCUACGAGACGAAGACUACCAAAACGACUAAGAGUUAUUUUGGUUCUAAAAAGCGCCUGCUUGUCGGGAAGGAGUUGUCGCAAACGUCCGUAAAUCAAGAAUUAUUGAUCGAAUCCAAAAAUGACCAUGACAGCGUUUGCACUCUGUCACCUGGCAGUAUGGUGCUAGACAGGUUUUCCUCGCUGAUUGACGACAUCAUGAACAUGCAGAACGACCGCCAAUCCACUAGCGAAGAAGACUCCUUUAUUAAACCAGUAUCUAUGUCAUGGCCAUCGAGCGAUCUUGGUGACUCUGCGUCUCAAGCAGACCAAGAACGCAGUAUAUCGUCAGAAAACCAGAUUGCGGACGGAAUUGCCACUGUGGCUCUCUCCGGGAGAAUUUCUCGUCCUAAACUUCCCUGUCAUAUCUUGAAGACAAAGCCAGCUUCUAUCUUCGUUGGUCGAGAUGAGAUUAUCGAUAUCUUGGAUAAGCAGCUUCUGCCAAGAACGAGGACUUGGAAAGUCCGAGAUUGCCAUGCAAUUUAUCGCCAAACGCCGGAAGUCAUUCGACGCAACCUUUUCAUACCAGCUGAAAGUGCUGUCAAGAUAUAUGAUGCCUUCUCGGAAAUUGCGGUUGAACUUCAGCUGCUUUCCUCCGAGGAAGCAAAGGAUCGCUUAGCCAGCAAGUCUGCAGUUCUCAGAUGGCUCUCUAAGCCGUACAAAACCGCCCCUGAGACUACCGAGGACGAUACCGAGUCGGCCGGAGACUUUGCGAACUGGCUCAUGGUCUUUGACAACGUGGAGAGCGCAACGAUUCUAAAGGAGUACACGCCACUGCAAGGGCAUGGUUCUGUACUCUACACGAGCAGAGAUCCGUUUGCAAAACACUAUCUAUCGCCCAAUUCGGGCUUGGAUGUUUCGCCUCUUCCUGAUUCAGCCACUGCCGACUUGCUUCAGAGUCUGACCUACAAGAGCGACUCGAAACAAGACUACGAUGAAGCUGUCAGUUGGAAUCGCUUGGACUGUCUCCCUAUCGCGAUUCUCCACGCAGCAGGUGUCAUCGAAAAGAGAGACUCUACAUUUGAGAAGGUUCUUAUGCCCAAACGCUUACUACGGUGUGGGCUUGGAGAGUUUGGCACCCGAGGCAUCCGCGUUGCUAAAGUGCUUGCCCUUCUUGACAAUGAUCCAAUUAACGAAAGUCUUUUGCGACAUGGGAUAGGGCAUCAAAAUAUGGAUGUAUAUCCUUCAGUUGACGAUUACGAUGAAGUGAGACCAGUAUUGAGCCAAGCCUCACUGAUACGUCGCAACAAACAACUCAAGACUCUGUCAAUACACCAUGUUGUCCAAGAUGUAGCGCGCCAAGUCAUGGGAAUAGAAGAUCUGCAAGAUGCUUUCGAAGUCGCAGUCGCCUUGGUGAAUGCUUACUGGAAAGAAGAACGCUUUUGGGCAUUUGGUCACCGACUCUCGGAUUGGCAGGAGCGAGGAGACUGGGACGAAUCUCUAUCGCUGGCCGAGCUAGUUCUUGCUACCCUGGAAUAUCGCAAAAUCGACAUGGGUGAACAGUAUGCUGACAUAUUGAUGUCGCUGUCAAGCAAUUAUCACUGCCUUGGUGACGCAGCCCAGGGGCUCAAGUAUGCUCGAGCUCAUUUCAAGCAGCGAAUUCACGUCGAGGACUCUAAACCACUUGCAGAGAGAGAUGAUGCAUUCCGAGCUAUGGCUUACACAGAGCUUGCCCUUGGAUGGCUCCUGAACAACAACUACAACGAGGCCAAAGCUUUUGCAAUUAAAGGGAGACAGAUGCUUGAGGGAACCGCAGAGUUUAUCGAAGAUCUUUAUUGGCCACACUGGGUGGACUACCAUCACGCGACGGCAUACGCGUUUCAAAUCCUAGGAGUUGUCAACGAAAAGGCUGGAAGAUUUGAUGAAGCUAUCGAGAUCUGGGAACGCGCUUUAGUCCUCUACUGCCGUAUCGAGGGUGACAGCUCUUUCCGGACGAACCAGGUCCGUGUCAAGCUCGGAGAAUAUUAUGGUCGCCUUGGAAGACUAGAAACAGCGAUACAAAUGUUCGACACUGCUCUGAAAUACUUUGUUGGAGACAAGUAUUACAAAGCAGAACGAGCCCGAACAUUCUUGAAAAAGGGCCAAUCCCUGGUGUUGAUGGACGACACAGUGAAUGCUUCGGCAGCCAGGCGAGAAGCAGAACGAUUGUUCGACGAAAUUCGUCCACACCACUCCGGAGACCGCUCCAAAGCGCUUGAGUUGACAGAUUUUGAUGAUAUUGUGAUGAUCAUGUCACGAUAA